CCACAACCAGAUUUUAAUCGUUCACAACUUUAUAUAUAUCUUCUUCUCAACUGAAGAAUAACCUGUUUUGCAAAAUUCCGUCGAUGGCGACACCUAAUCAAGAAGCAAUCGAGACAUUCAUGAGCAUCACCGGUUCAUCUGAAUCGGUUGCUAUACAGAAACUCACGGAGAAUGGGGGAGAUCUCAAUGUAGCUGUUAAUGCACAUUUCACUGAAGGAGAUAGAAACAUCAGACAGGCAACCUCCAUUGCUGCUCCACCUGAGGAUUUCAUGGACAUAGAUGAUCCAACUCUUCCAUCUCAGAGACCUCCUCUCUCCCUCUUUCCUUCUGCUAGAGACAUCAACAUCAACCCAUUCUCUCUUCUCGAUCCAAACUUCACAAGAAGUAUAUUCGAUAGUGGGCCAGGGUUCAGGGGUAGUGAACCAUUUGUGUCUCAUCCAAGAGAAGUGAGGCAGAUUCCAAUUGAGGUCAAGGAUGGGCCAAGUACAGAAUCAGAUCAUUCUGGACAUGCUCCAAGAAUCGAAGAUGUCACAGAGACAACAACAGAAAAUGUCCCAGAAACCCGUGCACAUGUGAUAAUCGAUGAUGAUGAUGAUGAUGAAGACUUUCCAACUUCUCUUCCAUCACGUGCAGGUGUAAACACUCGUUUGACAGCAAGUGCUCCUGGAAUCGGUGAUUCCCCUGAUCAUGGAAUUGAAGAAGAGAUGAUUCGAGCUGCAAUCGAGGCUUCCAAACAGGAUUCCCAGAUGAGUCAAAGGGAUGUUGCUGUACCUAAUCUAAGGCAAUUGGAAGAUCCUGAUUUAGCACAAGCAGUUUCUCUAUCUUUAAAGACUGCUGAACAAGAAAAAGCCUUACGCCAGCUAGGAUCUGAAGUGGGACCAUCAGAACCAAGAGGUUCUAAGUUUGAUGUGGAAGAAGUGGACACAUUAUCAGCAUCAAAUGGAAGGUUGGAUGUGGGAAGCAGCUCAUUGAUUCCAGAUGAAGUUGAAGAUGUAGAAGAUCAACCUUUGGUUAGAAACAGGAUUCGUUUUAUGGCUUCCACCUCUAUUGACUCUGGAAAAGACAAAGACAUUGAAGAAGUUAACUUGAGCUCACCUUCAAGUCCUCAACAUCAACCAAUCAUCAAUCCUCCUGCAAACAAUGCCAAUGAAUUCCAUGAAUGGGGAGGCAUCUCAUCUUUGGAACACGAUGAAGCAGUGAUGCUUGAGGCUGCAUUAUUUGGUGGAAUCCCUGAAGGCACAGGGUAUAAUGUAAAUGUCCCUUAUGCCCCUCAUCAGUUCAUGCAAAAUGGUUUGAUUGAUGGACAUGGAGGAGGUCUAGGAUCUUAUCCUAGGCCUGCGCCACGCCCUCCCUCACCCUCUCUCACUGCUCAACGUUUAAUACGCGAACAACAGGAUGAUGAGUAUCUUGCAUCAUUACAAGCUGACAGAGAAAAGGAAUUGCUAGAACAGUCAGCCAAAGAAGCUGCCAUGGAAGAAGAAAGGAGAAAAGAGGAAGAGGCUCGCAUUAAGUUAGAAGAAGAGCAGGAAAUUGAAAGACAAUUAGCAGCAAAAGAAGCUUCCCUUCCUCAUGAACCUUCUUCUGAUGAUGAAAAUGCUGUCACCCUUCUUGUCCGUAUGCCUGAUGGAAGCCGCCGUGGUCGCAGAUUUCUCAGAACCGAUAAAUUACAGAAUAAAUACCUGAGUAGUUUACUUUUUGAUCCUUAUUCCAAGUAA